AUGGAUCGGUGGUCGGGGAAACGAGCCAUUGAGGCGCGACCUGACUCUAGGAAAGGGGUUGGUGUUGUUUUGAGAGAUAGAUUUAACAGCAAUAGUUGCAAGGUUCCUAUUUGCAGUGAUGAGAACAAAUCUAUGAAGUUUACUCGGUUUGUUGGCUCUUCAGAUAAGAAAGAGAAAUCAGUCUUGUCUUCGUACCGCUCUUCGCCAAACGGGAAGGAAGUCAUUGGUACUUCCUCUAAGAUUUGUGGCUCUAGCUCUUCUUCUUUGAAAAGGGAGAAGCAACCAUUGUCUCAGAUAACCAUGGAUUCUUCAGAGAGCAGCAGAGGUAGUGAGGACGAGGCAGAGACAGAAAUCUUGGAAGUUUCUCAUGGAAGAGAUAAAAGAAGAGUUAACAACAAUAAGGUUAUUUAUGGAAAAGUUAAAACACCCGAAGAGGGGUCCUCAAACUUGUCGUCAAGCUCGAGAAUCAAGAAAGGUUUUAGGCAGAGAUUUGGGUUGAGCAAGCCAGAGUUUCGUCCUGGUCCUUCUGGCCAGGCAACACCUGCAAACCGAGGAUGCAGCCCGUUGCUGUCCGGUGUCAUACCAAGUGGUUUUGGAUUGGACAAAAGAUUAAGCCGGAAGGUAGAUACAUUCAAUAAGAGGAAAGUUCAUGGAGAAAGCAGUUCUAGCUCCUCAGCUAGGGGUAAAAAUGUGACAGAACCACCAGCUGAAGAGAGACGUCGUGGUUUUACCCCAAGAGGUUCUGUUUCCGAUAGUAGACGAGCUAGACACUGCAUUUUGAAUGAUGACAACGAUGUUGCUUCAGUUGAGAAUCAGAGAUUGGUAAAUAGAAAUAAUAGUCGCAUUAGAUUCUCAAACCGAGGGAGUGGUAGAAAUGGUGGUUUACCUUCUAUUACGACAACAGAAAUGUCUCAGACUGAAACUUCAAACAAUCUCAAUUCUCCUGUCUCUUUGGAGUUGUUCUCUGGUUUUCCAGAAUUUGGUUUCUCUGGUUCCUUAUCGAGUCAAGACAGUUUUCGCAGUUACACUUUAGAUGGUAUCUCUGAGAUUAUGCCAGAACUUGAUAGGAUCGAACAAGAUAUUGAGCUUAACUACGAGGAACUGCUUAUCAUGGAGACAGGUUUACUUCUCGGUGGACUAAGCUUCCAUGACCAACACCGAGACAUGAGACUUGACAUUGAUAACAUGUCAUAUGAGGAACUAUUAGCGUUAGAAGAACGGAUUGGUACAGUAAGCACUGCUCUCACAGAAGAAGCAAUAUCAAAGUGCUUGAAAACAAGCAUCUAUCAGAUGAAACCUUUAAGUUAUGGAUCUAUCACCAAAAGUCCUUGUGACCACAAAGAAGAUGCCAAAUGCAGCAUCUGCCAGUGUGUGCAAGAGUGGUUGCGGAUGAAGAGUUGGUGCCCUAUCUGCAAAGCUACUGCAGAGACCUCAUCCUCUAAGUAA